UAUACGUCACAACCACCUCCUCAUCUGCUUCGCUUUUUCCGAUUAUCUUCUUCUUCUUGUUCUUCUUCAUCAUAAUUUCUUUCUCUCUGUCAAAAAAUGAUUGAGACACCUAUGGAGGAAGCUGUGAGGACUACCUGGUCAGAAGAAGACGAUCUUGUGAGAGAAUUUUUAGAUGCGGUAACAGAAGAUGCAGAUUAUCAGAGUUACUACAACACGAGAAAAUCAAGCGAGGAGCAAGCCAUUAUGAAUAGGUUCAUCUCCAACAUGUACUCAGGACCUACCAUUACAGAUAUUGAGAAUGCCUUGUCAGUGACAUCCAACCAAAGAGAGCAAUAUUUCCAGCACCUCUCAUCAUCACCACACAGAGUUUGCAUGUUGGAAAGAGGGUUGAAUUUGAGCAGGAGUGAGAACAAGUAUAGCCUGAAAAUCAAGUGCUGCGGCAAUGGGUUGAGCGAUGAUGGAUAUAAGUGGAGGAAGUACGGCCAGAAAUCUAUCAAGAACAGCCCCAAUCCUAGGAGCUACUAUAGGUGCACAAACCCAAGGUGCAGUGCCAAGAAGCAAGUGGAGAGAUCCAGUGAAGAGCCUGACACUGUUAUUGUCACUUAUGAAGGGCUCCAUCUCCACUAUGCUUACCCAUAUUUUCUCAUGGGCCAACCAGGUCAUCAAGCCCAUCCACCAUUGAAAAACUGUAGGCCGGUCUUUUUACAAGCCCAAGCCCAUGAGGAAGGCCGAGAAUGUGAACAAGGUCAUACUCAUACCGGCCAGAAGCCCAUAGAAACGGACGCUAUCUUCCCCUCGACCAAUGACGUGGGCCCACAAGGACUGCUUGAAGACAUGGUGCCAUGGGUGAUUCGGAACCCUAGUUUCAGCAAUCCCUCGAAUUUUUUCUGCUCUUCUUCGUACCCUUCUAAUUACUCCUCUCAUUCCAUUGGCUUCAAUUCUAGCAUUUAAAUAAAUUACGUUUAUUUAUACGUUCAUCAACCCAAUACUUCUUUAAAUUACUACUAUUACUGCAUCAGUGCCAGACAGCCAGUUUUGCAUAAAUUAAAUAAUUUAUG